AACGCGAACGUACACAAAGAACGUAUUAUUCUUGUUAAUAAAUUUCUAAAAGCUAUAUAAUAUAUUAAAGUGUGCGGCACCGUGGAUGUAGAACUUCCGGCGGAACAGCAUUGUCGCAGAUGAUCACGUGAUCGAAGAUCGACUUCUUCGUUUGUGGCCACGAGGUUUUGUGGUGAAAAUUAAGUUUACCGGGUGGAAAAGGCCCUAUAUUUUUGUAUUUAUACAAAAAUGCCCUCCAGCAAUCCCUUGCCACCCAAAGAAAAUGCCUUGUUUAAACGAAUUCUGAGGUGUUACGAACACAAACAGUAUAAAAAUGGGAUAAAGUUUGCAAAGCAAAUUUUAUCAAACCCUAAAUUUAGUGAACAUGGAGAGACCUUGGCAAUGAAAGGUCUCACUCUGAACUGCUUAGGUCGCAAAGAAGAAGCAUACGAUCAUGUCCGGAGAGGUCUUAGGAAUGAUUUGCAAUCUCAUGUUUGUUGGCACGUUUAUGGACUUUUACAACGCUCGGAUAAGAAAUACGAUGAAGCCAUUAAGUGUUAUAGAAAUGCCCUUAAAUGGGACAAGGAUAACAUUCAAAUUCUUAGGGACUUAUCGCUGCUUCAAAUUCAGAUGAGGGAUCUGGAGGGCUAUAAGGACACAAGGUAUCAGUUAUUUAUGUUACGUCCUACACAGCGUGCUUCAUGGAUUGGUUUCGCUAUAUCAUAUCAUUUAUUAAAGGACUAUGAAACAGCACUUAAAAUUUUGGACACAUUUCGAAAUUCCCCAAUGAUUUGUUAUGAUUAUGAGCACAGUGAGUUGCUAUUGUAUCAAAAUAUGGUUAUCCAGGAAUCAGGGGAAUGUGAACAAGCAUUGAAACAUCUUGACAAGUAUAGUGAUCAAAUUUGUGAUAAAGUUACUGUAAAAGAAACAUAUGGUAAAUUAAGAUUACAAUUAAAACAAUAUGCAGAAGCAGCACAGGUUUAUAAAGAACUUUUAAAUAUAAAUCCUGAAAAUACAACUUAUUAUGCUAGGCUAGCAGAGGCUGAAAGACACACAAAACCUGAAGAAACAUUAGCUAUGCUCCAAAGAUACGAAGAAUUGUUUCCUCGAGCGUUAGCGCCGCGUCGCUUACAACUAAAUUAUGCAUUAGGGGAUGAAUUUAAAUCAUUAGUAGAUCGGUACUUACGAAGAGGCCUUCAUAAAGGUGUACCACCCCUAUUUGUAAAUCUUCGUUCUCUAUAUAACGAUCAACAGAAGGUUGAUACUAUACAGUCUUUGGUUUUGGAAUACAAGGAAGCAUUAAAAGCUCAUGGGCAUUUUAGCGACCAAGAGAAAGACAAUGCGCGAGAGCCAGCUUCGGCACUGUUAUGGACUUAUUAUUAUUUAGCACAACAUUACGACCAUCUUGGACUUACAGAAAAAGCGCUAAAUGAAAUUGAUGCUGCCAUAGAACACACACCUACACUUAUAGAACUUUUUGUUACCAAAGGCCGCAUUUAUAAGCAUGCUGGUAAUGUUCAAGAGGCUUAUAAGUGGUUAGACGAAGCGCAAGGAUUAGACACAGCAGAUCGAUAUAUUAAUUCUAAAUGUGCCAAGUAUAUGUUGCGUGCAAAUCUCAUCAAAGAAGCGGAAGAAACGUGUGGCAAGUUUACUAGGGAAGGGGUUUUAGCCAUGGAGAAUCUAAAUGAAAUGCAGUGUAUGUGGAUUCAGACAGAAGCAGCUAACGCUUACAAACGCCUUGGAAAGUAUGGGGAGGCAUUAAAGAAAUGUCACGAAGUUGACAGGCACUUUUCUGAAAUCAUAGAGGAUCAAUUCGACUUUCAUACCUACUGUAUGAGAAAGAUGACCUUGAGGUCUUACGUGGGUCUUCUAAGGUUAGAAGACGUGCUACGAGCUCAUCCAUUUUAUUUUAAAGCAGCAAAAUGUGCAAUGGAGGUUUAUUUACGACUACACGAUGAACCAUUGCCCGAUCCGACACAGACGCAAGAAAUCGACACCGAAAAUCUAGCGCCAUCAGAAUUGAAAAAAUUGAGAAACAAGCAAAGAAAACAACGUAGAAAGGCUGAACUGGAACGACAACAGGCUGCCCAAGCCCAAGAAAAGAGGGAACAGCACAAUAAGUCGCGGCAACAGACCGAUCCCGAUUUAGAACAGCCUACGCUAGAUGAACUUAUACCAGAGAAAUUGGAAAGGGUUGAGGAUCCUCUCGAGCAAGCAAUCAAAUUUUUACAACCACUGCAAGACUUGGCAUCGAACAGAAUAGAGACGCACCUUAUGGCAUUUGAAAUAUACAUUCGUAAAGGUCGUACGUUGUUAAUGUUAAGGUCGAUAAAACGUGCGCAUGAUCUAGAUCCUAACAAUCCGGACCUCCACACGUGCCUGGUACGUUUCAUGUUGCAUACUAACCGCUCGCCGUCUGAAGGACCAGUAGGCGAGGUAGUAAAGCGACAAACUGCAGGAAUCUACUCGACUUCAACGCCCACUCAAUUGAACGCGGAAUUCCUAAAAAAGAAUCGAAACUCACUGCCGCAUUUGCUUCAGGGUGCGAGGAUGUUGUACGUCCUGGACCCGUCCGCUCAAACAAAAGCUCUCUCCCUCGCCACAAACAUUGAUGAUCUCGAAGGUGUAACACUACAGAAUUGUACAAAAGUAUUGGAAUCGUUGCGCAAUGGUGACUUUGGCCAUUGCGACUCUACAAUCGCCGACUAUAUGGCGAAAUGUCACAAAUACUUCCCAUACGCGACCGCUUUUCGACCGCCGGAGACAAAGCUGACGGUGACGAUCAAGCAUCAAGAGAAAGAGAAUUCCAUCAAGAACUGAUCCAGGCACGCGCUAUCCAGCGUUAGCGAAUCAUUGCGUAGUUAGACGACGAGGCAAUGGAGGAGGAGUGUGCUGAGAUUCGCUCUGAUCUACGUUUAAGAAAAAGAACAAAAAAAAAGAGCAAAGAAACUAACGUUGAAUGUAAAAGGCACGCGGACGAAUGAACAUAUGUAGUGAAAGAAGAAGCGAAAUUGGCGGAUUUAAUAUUGAUAAUUAUUAAACAUGUAUUAUAUACGAACUGUUCCUGGGAAGAUUCAUGUAGUGUGAACAGUGCUGGGACAGUGCUGAAUAAAUAAUCUUUAAUAAUAAAUUAUAACACGAUGGGACGCGAGACAAGCGCCUCUGGCACGGUCCCGAAUUUUAGGUGAACGAAGAAAAGGAUGGCUUUAGCUAAAUAUUAAUUAACAAUUGGAACAGAACGAAUUAAACGAGCACUCUAUCAACAGAGCGGUCACGUUGAAAAGAAGGAUUGACAAAGUGUGAAAAUGUUUAGUGCAUAGAUGGGAUUGGGGCAGGGCAGGGAGGGAUGGGGUGAAGUACAGUGUGUAAAAUAUAUGACGUGCGUAAACUAACACAUUGGUACAAAAUACAAGACUUGUAUACAUUCGUAUGCGCGUUCUAUGAAUAUUUCUACUUGAUGUUAAGGUGUACUAUUUUCAGCGAUGUCUACAUAAAUACUCUACUGUGUAGAGUUGAGAAACUAGACGAUCAUCGAGCACCGAUAAUUGUACCACGCAUGUUCGUCGCUACUUUUUGAGAAUAGACUUUGUUCCAAGUCAUAUACUAACUUCUCCAGUUCACUUCAUUCGCAAAAACCGUUGAAACUUGUCAAGUGAACGAUCUAAUGUUUUUCUUCUAGAAACACGAUUUUAUUCCUGUGUUUAAAGCCAGGGUAAUAAUCUACGUUUGGAUUGGAGCCCUGAUAUUCCAUCGAGAUAGCAGUCAAUAUGGAAAUAGCAUCCAUUUGCGAAAGUCUCUGUGAAAGUUAUUAUAAGAACAAUAAAAGUGCAUAUAUUGUGUACGCAGAUUACCAAAGUAUAUGAUAAAUCGAAAACAAUAAGUGUCAAUAGCAAAACAAGCAAACGAAAAAAAUAUCAUACAUCUGUAUGUCAACGGAUUACAGAAAUUUUAAUAAAAGGUAAUGUUCAAAUUUACCGAUACAAAUCGAACGAUGUUAUGAUUGCCUCGUUUAUUUUUUGAAAUACCAGUACAUACUUAUAAGUCGUGAGUUUCCUUGAAUGAAAAAAAAGUAAAAGAAUUCAAUAAGAUACAGAUACUAAAAAAUAGUGAUAAUGUUUGUAUAUAUUUCACCUACUACUUUAACGAUAUAUAUGUAUAAAUACAUAUACACACACAUUUCCUAUCUUAUUUAAGUCAUAGAGUAUAAUUUUGCGAUUAGUUAAUAUUAUGCCAAUGUUGAAAGCUCAUUCAAAGUCGACUUAAUGGUAAUCAUAAAAAUAAGAUAUUUGCAUCAAGUCAUAGUAAUGUAUAUUUAACAUUUCAAUUCAUUCGUAACAUACAAUGGACAAAAACUCAAUACGUACAUCCAAAGUUAAUCGAUGGAAUAAUCUUCUAUCAAAAUAUAAUGAACAUAAUUGUAUUGAUUAAACUGAUACCUUCUGUAAAUGCAUGGAAUGUUUCUCAGGGCUACAUAAAUAAUGUCGUAACAUAAGCGAUAAUGUAGAAGUUUUACUCAUUCACUUUACCAUUAGUCAUUUAAUUAUUGUACAAUGCAAAGGAAAUAUGAUAUGACCACCAUGCUAGUCUAUCGAUAUACGAAGUGUUUCUUCUUGUAAAAGACUAUCAUUAGAAAAAUUAAUGCAUAUUAUCAUACACCAUUCGCGUCAUACUCAACUUUUCGACCAUGCAUCUACCGAAGUGUUGCUAUCUUUUAAUACUAUUUUUUUUUAUAAUACAUUAUUUACAGUACGCUUAAACUCCUGCAUAAUUAUUACAUUUCGAAAAAAAGAUAUAUAUAUAUAUAUAUAUAUAUAUACAUUAUAUAUAUAUUAAUUGCUCCAAUCUUUAUCGGAGGUUGUUACCUCAGUAUAAAAAUUUCUACUCCGCUCAUAACUAAUUAUUAAAUCUUUAAGAAAUAAACAAUGUUGAUUAAGGAUGGUACAUUAAUUUUUAGAAGAUUCAGUUUAGAUUUGCCUUUGAGUCCUUGAUUUAAUCGUACGAGCAAACGAUAAGCAUGGGUACCUCAACCCAUAUCCUCUUCCAUCUCCUCAUGUAAAUGAAUUCAUCAUAUAGACUUCAUGCAAAAUUUUUCAACGUAUACGAUUACGAAAGGACAUAAAACAGAAAAGAAUAAAAAUUGGAAAAUGAAGUCAAUGAUUAUUUAAAUGUGGUUAUUACUUUAAUCAUUGUAUUAGUAAUAUACUGCCAUUUGCAAUAAGCUGUUAUUAUAUUUUCUGCAACCGCUAUUUACAGAUUGAAUAGUUUAUGAUUUGUGCAAAAAUUGCCCAAAUUUUAUGGUAUUAAAGGAUAACGUUUAUAGCCAAGUACGCUUUUUACAAAUGUUAAUAUCUGUGUUUAUAUAUAAAAUACCCAUACAUUUUUACAAUAUUAAAUAUUUUUCUAUAUGAUGAAUUCAAUCAUCACGUAUAAUUACUUUCUUUAUGUAACUUUUCUUCAUUAUAGCGGUGUUUACAAACGUGAAGUAAUAUUUUAAAGACAAGAACAUGGAUAUGUAUAGUAUGUAUAUAAACGUAUCAUUAUCGUAUGCAUCAAAACUCUGUGUUCAAUUCCUGUUUGUUGUUACAUUAAUAACAAGUCAACAUGAAAAUAUUAUAUCACGUAUCAACAAUCGCCUCUCCUUCAGUCGUUUUGUAAAAAAUGAUAUUGAAAUAUUAUUUUAUCAUGGAAAUGAUACACACUUGUUACAUGUUUCUACCAUGCCAUAUUUGAUCAUACUACUAUUUACACUUGUACAGUACAUCGUUUGCAAUACUGUUGCAGAUAAUAUUACAUCUUGAUAAAAGUAUAGUAUCUUUGUAUUAUUGCUAAAUUCUUUCAUUUUCUGUACAUUGUUUUAUUUAUUUUCCAUAUUAUAUGGAUAAUGUUAAAACUACAAAUAGACCUGUAAAAAUUUAAAAUAGGGGUAUUUCUAUUUUCCAUUUGUACCUAAUUUAGUUUUGCAUGUAAAUAAUGGUAAUCAGUCUUUUUACAGUAAAACUGUAAUUCAUGUUUAUGUUAAAGAAUUAAUAUUACAGAUUUAAAUCUGCAAAAUGUCAUUAAAAAAUGAAAUAAAUCAUGAAUAUAUACAC